GUGCGAAGUGUUCGCGGAGUCUGCGCAUGACUGCCACGUGGAGAAGCUGUUCAAGUUGGUGGACGAGAGGCUGCAGCAGAAGUACGGCAUCCAGACGUCGUCGGUGGACAGCCGCGGGUUCAACAAGAAGUUGUACCUGCACCCGGGGCUGUACGAAUGACCGCGGGCCCCUGUUCGCUGACCUGCGCCACUAAGCCGAUGUCUACCAAGCGCAGCGCAACACAGGUGACCUGCUGUACCGCAUAUCGGGCGUGUCGGGCAAGAUGACGACGGAGACGGCGUGCGAGGACGACAACUUCGGCACGGAGCAGUCGCACAAGGCCAUCAUCAACGCGCUCGGGCCGGAGCGCCGCAACCGCGUGCUCGCCGGCCUCUACAUGGGCCGCAGCGACGUCGCGCUCAUGGUGCGCCAGGCCGCGCUGCACGUCUGGAAGGUGGUUGUGACCAACACGCCGAAGACCCUGCGCGAGAUCCUGCCGACGCUAUUCGGGCUGCUGCUGGGCUGCCUCGCCUCCACCAGCUACGACAAGAGGCAGGUCGCGGCAAGGACGCUUGGAGACCUCGUCCGAAAGCUGGGCGAGCGCGUGCUGCCGGAGAUCGUGCCCAUCCUGGAGCGCGGCCUGCGCUCGCCGCGCGCCGACCAGCGCCAGGGCGUCUGCAUCGGCCUCGGCGAGAUCCUCGCCUCCACCUCCAGGGACGCCGUGCUCAGCUUUGCAGACGGACUGGUGCCGACCGUACGCACGGCGCUAUGCGACCCUCUACCGGAGGUGCGGCUAGCGGCGGCGAGAACCUUCGACUCGCUGCACGCCACUAUUGGCAACAAAGCCCUAGACGAUAUCCUACCGCCCAUGCUGGACCAGCUCCACGAUCCAGAUCCUGCAGUGGCUGAUGCUACACUAGAUGGACUCAAGCAGGUGAUGGCGAUAAAGUCUCGCGCGGUGCUUCCGUACCUGAUCCCGGUGUUGACGAACGCGGGCGGCCCCGGCGGCGUGGACACGCGCGCGCUGUCGGCGCUGGCGGCGGCGGCGGGCGGCGCGCUCGGCCGCCACCUGCCGCGCGUGCUGCCCGCGCUGCUCGCCGCGCUCGCCGCCGCGCGCGGCACCGACCAGGAGCCCGUGGAGCUCGACCACUGCCGCGACGCGCUGCUGCCCGUCGCCGACGCGCCCGGCGUCAGAUGCAUCGUCGAUAGCCUGCUGGAGGCGGUGCGCACGGGCACGGACUCGAAGCGUCGCGCGGCGGCGGCGCUGCUGUGCGCGUACGUGGGGCACACGCGCGCCGACCUGGCGCCGCACGUGCCGCAGCUGAUGCGCGGCCUGCUGCUGCUGUUCGCGGACGAGGACCCCGACGUGGUGAUGAUGGCGUGGGACGCACUGUCGGCGCUCACCCGCACGCUCGACGUCGAGCGACAGAUAGCGCACGUGUCAGACGUCCGGCAAGCCGUGCGCUACGCCACAGCGGACCUGAAGGGCGAUUUGCUACCAGGGUUCUGUCUGCCUAAGGGCUUAACGCCGAUCCUGCCGCUGUUCCGCGAGUCGAUUCUGAAUGGUCUGCCAGAAGAAAAGGAGAACGCGGCUAUGAUGCUGGGCGACAUCAUCAAGUUGACGAGCCCUGACUCCAUUCAGCCGUCGGUGGUGCACAUCACCGGCCCCCUCAUCCGCAUCCUCGGCGACCGGUUCAACUCGAGCGUUAAGGCGGCCGUGCUAGAGACGCUCGCACUGCUGCUGUCUAAGGUCGGCGUGAUGCUGAAGCAGUUCUUACCACAACUCCAAACGACAUUCCUGAAGGCAUUAAAUGACACCAGUCGGCCGGUGCGCAUCAAGGCGGGCGUGGCAUUAUCACAGCUGGUGGUGAUCCACACCCGGGCCGACCCACUGUUCGUGGAGAUGCACAACGGCAUCAAGAACACAGAAGACCCCGCCAUCCGGGAGACGAUGCUACAAGCGCUGCGCAGCAUAAUCACGGCCGGCGGCGAUAAGAUGUCGGAGCAGUUGACGCUGGCCAUCUUGUCGACACUGACCACCCCGGCGCUACUGGCGCACCCCGAGGACCCUCCGCGCGGCGCCGUGGGCGGCUGCCUGGGCGCAUUGUUGCACUGCCUACCCGCCGCACACCGCGACGCCGCGCUGCUACACCACGUGCUCGCCGCCGCGCAUCCCCCCACACACCCGCCCGAAGACUGGCUGUUAAUUCACGGUCGGUCGUGUGCGCUCUUCGUCGCGCUAAAGGAGACUCCGGAUCACGUGUACAGAGAUCCUUACGAAGACAAAGUGGAGAAGACGCUACUCUCGUAUCUCGCCAGUGAUAAAACUCCCAUAGUGUGCAACGGCAUCCGCGGCAUCGGGUACCUGAUGCGCUACCUGCUCGAGAACGACAAACCUGUACCGCAAAAUAUCCUCUCACAGUUUGUCAGGAGCAUGAACCACACGAGUAACGAGGUGAAGCAGCUGAUGGCCCGCGCGAGCGCGGUAGUGGGUCGCGAGGCGCGGCUGGAGCGCGGCGCAGGCGGCGACGUGCUGCGGGCGCUGCUGCCCGCGCUCGUCAACGGCACCAAGGAGAAGAACACGUACGUGCGCGCCAACGCCGAACUCGCACUGCGCGCCGUGCUGCGUCUGCCGCACGACGAACAGUUCCACCAGCAAUGCAUGUCUCUACUGGACGAGGGAGCGCGCGAGGCGCUGGCGGACGUGGUGGCGCGCGUGCUGCGCCGCGCACACUCCGACGGACGCGACGAGGACCUCGACUGCACGCUGCUCACUUGAGCACCACUCUACUCCUUAAGAAUAUAUAUUUAAUUUUAUGGAA